CUCUCUUUCCUUGUUAUCUGGGUUUCCUUUACCAUCAAGGUCGAUCCCCUCCCCGUUCAUCCCAAGAUGCAGAUCGUCGCAUUCAUCACCGGCGCCCUGGGACUUUGUUCCGCGGCCAUCGCGUCCAACCUUGAGGCUCGACAGCUCACCCCAACGCCAUCACUCACGCACCUCUACUCGCUCAACUGCACUUUGGACCCCAAGAUCAAUGUUGGCGAUGGUCCGUAUGGAAACCGUGCCGCCAUCCCCAUUAUCGGCGGAACAUUCGAGGGGCCCAGGAUAAAGGGUACCAUCCGUAACCUCGGAGCAGACUGGGGCCUGACUGACAACCGCGGCGUCUUCCACCCCGACACACGGUACGGACUGACCACCGACGAUGGUGCCGAGAUUUACAUUCGAACCUUUGGCUCCAAGCAGUCGACCGGCGGGAUCUACCUGCACGGGCUGUACGAGACCGGGUCGGACAAGUACUGGUGGCUGAACGACAUCGUCGCCGUUGGCAUCUUGGAGAGCGGGACCGGAUGGGUGUACAUUGACAUGUACUACAUGACGGAUGAUGGAGUCAACUUGGUGACCCCAUGAAGAAGUAACAAUAUUUUUUUGUGUAAUGAAUUUUGAACCCUCCAAUUCUGUCUAGACUAUGGGCUCUUUUUGCUCAGCUGAUAGAUAAAAGUAAAGAAAAAGAAAAACAUUUGGACCUUUCCGAGACUCCGAAUUUGGGACAAAAGUUAAAACCCCUCAUGAAAAAAAAGAAGAGAAAAAAAAAAUUCAUCGCACAGGCCCAGAAUGCCUAACCACAGUACCACCCAUCGCCUCCGCGAC